GGGGGCGCGGGGUCCCCGGGUCGACGCCGCCCGCCUGACGCUCCCCACCCCGCAGCGGCCUUAAUCGUGCGCGACCAGACCGAGCUGCGGCUCUGCGAGCGCUCCGGGCAGCGCACGGCCAGCGUCCUGUGGCCGUGGAUGAACCGCAACGCCCGCGUGGCCGACCUCGUGCGCAUCCUCACGCACCUGCAGCUGCUCCGCGCGCGAGACAUCAUCACGGCCUGGCACCCUCCCGUCCCCGUCCUGCCCCCCAGCGCCACCACCCCGGCCCUGGGGCCCAGCAGCAUCUCUGCCCCCUCCGAGGCCAGGAGCCCCAGGAAGUGGCAGCCCUCAGCCUCUACUCUUCUCUCCCCAGCUUUUCCAGGCUCCCAGAGCCCACCUGGCCCCGAGUUGGACCCCACAGCACACCCAGCUGCUGUACGGCCAGCACUGCCAACUCCAGCCCCUUCCUCCACCGAGCCGAGCCUGGAGAGCCCACUGGCCGUGCUGCAGGGGGCCCACCCCGCCCCGUUCUGCUGGCCCCUCCCGGAGGUUGCCCAGGGCACUCGCAACUUCUCUGAGGAGCUCAAGGUCGGCGAGGGUGGCUUUGGCUGCGUAUACCGGGCUGUGAUGAGGAACACGGUGUACGCUGUGAAGAGGCUGAAGCAGGACGCCAACCUGGAGUGGAGCGCCGUGAAGCAGAGCUUCCUGACCGAGGUGGAACAGCUGUCCCGGUUUCGUCACCCGAACAUUGUGGACUUUGCCGGCUACUGCGCUCAGAGUGGUCUUUACUGUCUGGUCUACAGCUUCCUGCCCAAUGGCUCCCUGGAGGACUGCCUCCACUUGCAGAAGGACCUGGUUGAAGAGGAGGCGGAGGAGGCCGGAGUGGCCCUGAGGGGCGCCCAUAGCACAGCUCAGGCAGCUGUGGCCUCAGAUGCCUGGGCAGCCCCAAUCGCCACCCAGAUCUUCAGGAAACACCUGGACCCCAGGCCUGGGCCCUGUCCCCCGGAGCUGGGCCUGCCCCUGGGCCGGCUGGCCUGCUGCUGCCUGCACCGCCGGGCCAAGAGGAGGCCGCCCAUGACCCAGAGAGGCCUCAACCAGCCGGUGGAGAGUGACGAGAGUGUGUCUGGCCUCUCUGGUGCCCUGUGCUCUUGGCACUUGACCCCCAGCCUCCCCCCAGGCCCAGCCCACCCAGGCAGCUCCGGGCAAGGGGCUGUCACUUGGACCCCGGCACCACUCGGGCUGACUGACUGCGAUCAGGCAGGGGGCGCCACCCGAGAGAGCUGGGAGAGCAGUCCAGGCUCCUGGCCCACAGCCCUGGAAGGGUCGCCGCUGAGUAGCACGGCCUCGUCGGCGCCACCACAGAUUGUCAUCAACGCGGCGCGACAGAAGAUGGUGCGGAAGCUGGCGCUGUACGCGGACGGGGUGCUGGACAGCCUGCAGCUCCUGUCCUCGGGCUCCCUCCCAGGCCUGGGCCUGGGCCCUGCGGACAGGCAGGGGCCUGAAGAGAGCGAUGAGUCUCAGAGCUGA